AUUUGUGAACAGUGUUAAAAGUGUUUGUGAAGUGUAAACUACUAAAAAUUAAAAUUGUGAAAAAUGCCUCCUAAAGCAAGUGGAAAAGCAACCAAGAAGGCUGGCAAAGCCCAAAAGAAUAUUAGUAAAAGUGAUAAGAGCAGAAAACGCAAGCGUAAGGAAAGUUAUGCUAUCUACAUUUACAAAGUAUUGAAGCAAGUACAUCCUGAUACUGGUAUUUCAUCAAAGGCCAUGAGUAUCAUGAACAGUUUUGUUAAUGAUAUUUUUGAACGUAUUGCCGCUGAAGCAUCUCGUUUGGCUCAAUACAAUAAACGUUCGACCAUCACCAGUCGGGAAAUUCAAACUGCCGUUCGUCUAUUGUUGCCCGGUGAAUUGGCUAAGCAUGCCGUCAGUGAGGGUACCAAGGCUGUCACCAAAUAUACCAGUUCCAAGUAAAUUUAAUUUACUUAAAUUGCCGUUUAAUUCUUUUUCCUAUUACAAAAGGCCCUUUUCAGG